UCCUCCCUGAAGGUGUCAACCUGCUCGCGAUCUGCUCCAACGUGUGUUCUCCAAAAGUGGUCACGCACGAUCGCACGCACAUUCCCAAAUUUCUCCUCGAGUCCCCCUUUUCUCGCCCCUUUUCUCGCGCUCGCCCUUUCUUCUCCGCUUUCCCUCGCGGGUUCGACGAUCUUGUGAAACGGACCGUUCAGUGAAAAGUUCGAGGGACGCUCUCUCUCCUAAACGCGAACGAGGAGAGUCGUACUAGUUCGAGUCUGGCACGUGACACUCUUCAGCUGGCGACGACUAUCAUGCUGGCCGGGAUCUUCGAGGGCAACAAUGAGGAAGCUGAAUCGACGUAACGCUCCACGCCAGGAUGGCCGGUUGGCCGUUCAGCACCGCGCUGCUGUUCAGCAUCCUCAUCCUUGUUCGCGGACGAGGGGUGGUGCUGGACAGUCAAGGGCCGGUGCUGGUCUCGGAACCGCGCUCGAGCGUGGAGUUUUCGAACGACACCGGGGCGAUGAUCCACUGCUCGGCCCACGGCAGUCCUUCGCCGAGGAUCGACUGGCUGAUGGGCGACGGCUCGCCGGUCCUGCCGAUACCGCACAUCCGUGAGAUGCUGGUGAACGGCUCCAUGUACUUCUUGCCGUUCGGUGCCGAGAGCUACCGACACGAUGUGCACUCAGCCGUCUAUCGGUGUCAGGCGUCGAACAGCGUCGGCAAAGUGCUUGGCCGUGAAAUCACGGUGAAGGCCGUGGUACGCCAGAAGUACGAGGUACAAGUGCGAGACGCCUAUGUCCUGGCGGGCAACACCGGGGUGCUCAGGUGCGAGAUACCGGCCUUCGUGAAAGAGUACGUCGCGGUCACGUCCUGGUUAAAGGACUCGGCCUUUAACAUUUACCCGUCCGCGGAGAGCGGCGAGAAACACCAUAUGCUGCCUACCGGAGAGCUACUCGUCUUUUCAGUGACUCCCGCUGAUGCCCACUCGACCUACCGAUGUCGUACCGUUCACCACGUCACCGGUGACACGGUGGAAAGUUCUUCGUACGCGAGGCUCGUAGUUACCGAGCAUCGCAACUCGUCACCGCCGCGAUUCAACGAACGAACAAAUCCCGGACCGAUUCGCACCGGCGAGACGAUCGUGUUGUUGUGCAUCUCGCAAGGUAACCCGCCGCCAACGUAUCUCUGGUUCCGCGAGUCUUUGUCGGGCACGACGAUGGUUUUCAACUCGGAGAGGAUACACGCACGGGCUGGUGUCCUGGUGCUACAGCCGGCUCGUGUCGAGGACGCCGGCAGAUACGUCUGCCACGCGAACAAUACCGCCGGUUCUGAGCGGGUCGUACUGGAAGUCACCAUCGUGAGCAGCCUCUCCAUCCAUCUGGCUCCUCAACAGGUGACUGUGGAUCUAGGGAAGGAUGCGGACUUUCAGUGUUCCGUCACUGGUCAGCCACAUCCGGUAAUCUCAUGGGCGAAGGACGGUCUUCCUAUACGCGAAGGAUCUUCGGGUAGAAGCAAAAUUACGGGUAACGAUGGCUCGACGUUGCACAUAUCUUCUAUCGUACGGGACGACAAAGGGAUGUAUCAGUGUUUCGCCAAAAACGAUUACGAGAUGGUGCAAGCCACGGCCGAAUUACGUUUGGGAGAUGCAGCACCUCAACUUCUAUACAAGUUCAUCGAGCAAACGAUGCAACCGGGUCCCUCGGUGUCGCUCAAGUGUAUCGCGAUGGGCAACCCUACGCCGCAUUUCUCCUGGACACUGGAUGGGUUUCCCCUUCCACAAAACGAUAGAUUCAUGAUAGGCCAGUACGUGACGGUACACGGCGACGUGAUAUCCCAUGUGAACAUAAGCGCGGUGCGGGUGGAGGACGGUGGUGAGUACAGGUGCUCGGCGGUGAACCGCGUCGCGAAGGUGCAUCACGCGGCCCGGCUCAAUAUUUACGGACUGCCUCAUGUGCGACCCAUGGGCAACUAUGCUGCCGUGGCCGGCGAGACGACUGUCAUCAAGUGUCCCGUCGCGGGUUUCCCGAUCGCCAGUAUCACCUGGGAAAAAGAUGGUCAAAUACUGCCAACCAGUCGUCGUCAGGAUGUGUCAGCGAACGGCACAUUGGUGCUGCACCGGGUUGACAGCAGUACCGAUCGCGGUUCAUACACGUGCACUGCGAAGAACAAGCAAGGUGGCUCCGAUUCGCAAACCAUUCACAUCGAAGUCAAAGUUCCGCCCACCAUAGCUCCCUUUAGCUUUAAGAAGAACCUGUCGGAAGGCCUGCGGGCCCAGGUGACCUGCAUGGUCGAGAAGGGCGAUCCGCCGUUCACGAUCAUCUGGUCGAAGGACGGCGAGCCGAUUUCCACCCUCGGCACGGCGGCUGCCGUCGCCGUAAACGAUCCCCGACACCACUCGCAGACACCCCCUGGACUGCGCGUAACCAACAUUGACGGUCAUUCCAGCGCCAUAGUUAUCGAGCGCGUCACCGCCGCUCAUACCGGCAACUAUACUUGCCUUGCGCGCAAUUCGGUGGCCGAGGUCCUAUGGACGGCCGAGUUGAUCGUUCAUGUACCGCCACGCUGGGUGGUGGAGCCGCAGGAUGCCCGCGCUUCGGAGGGGAUGCCUCGAUUGAGCAUGCAUUGCCACGCCGAAGGGUUCCCACCACCAACAGUCACAUGGCGACGCAGCAGCGGCAGAAAACCGGGCGAUUAUCACGACAUAACCAGCCAUGAACACAAGCAGGACCUGAGUAUACACUCGAACGGCUCGCUGGUGUUUGGUCGAGUGCAGGAGGAUCACGAGGGCUUUUACCUGUGCGAGGCUAUGAACGGCAUCGGGGCUGGCCUCAGUAAGGUCGUUUACCUCACCGUCAAUGUUCCCGCGCAUUUCGUCGAGAAGCAUCGCAAUCAGACCGCGAGAUUAGGCUCGAACGCCUCGCUGCGCUGCGAGGCGAAAGGCGACCAUCCUUUGAAGAUAACUUGGAAGAAGGCCGGCUCCCAAUUGGAUCCGAAGCUUCCCGAUUAUCGUUACACCCUGAAGGAGGACAAUACUACCGAUGGGGUCGUCAGCGUUCUCGGCUUCAUCAGUACCAGCCGCGAGGAUAGCGGAAGGUACUUUUGUAUCGCGUCCAACACUUAUGGCCGCGAUGAAAUGACGAUUCAUCUUUAUAUCCAAGAACCGCCAGACUUCCCACGGAAUCUUCACGUAAUCGAGAAAGGCAGUCGCCAUAUCAAUCUAGGCUGGACGACCAGUCAAGAUGGAAACAGUCCGAUCACUCAAUACAUAAUCGAGUAUAAAACCGAAUCAGAGGUAUGGCACGACCACACGUUCCACACGACAGUGCCAGGUACACGUGCUCGCGGCCACGUGGGCGGCCUGCGCCCUGCUGUCACUUACCAAUUCCGGAUAUACGCGGACAACGAACUGGGUCGGAGUCAAGCGAGUGACAUUUUAGAGACGACAACGGAGGGGGAGAAGCCCGGCGGACCGCCGCGAAAUCUCAAAGUGGAUCCCAUCAGCUCGACCGAGUUCAACGUCACUUGGGAUCCGCCCGAUCAUGAUUUAUGGAACGGCGAGAUACUCGGUUAUCAUGUCGGCUACAAGGAACACAGGUUGGGAGCGGAGCAAUACACAUACAAAACCGUGGAAAGACGGAUCUCGACGGCGAGCGUCGCCCUAGGUUUAGCAAGAACAUCCAUGCCCGGACGACAGCAUCACUUGACGAACUUGAAGAAGUUCACGCGUUACAGCGUGGUCGUUCAAGCGUUCAACGCCCUCGGUCCCGGUCCAAUGACGCAGGAAGUUGUGGCGUCGACACUCGAAGAUGUUCCGAGCAGUCCUCCGCAAGACGUGCGUUGCACCGCACUCUCGUCGACGUCCCUGCAAGUUUCCUGGGACUCUCCGCCUGACUCUAGCCUGAACGGGAUCUUGAAGGGUUACAAGGUCAUGUGGGAGAGCACAGAUGCGCUGGCAGAGUCGACCAAACCGGAGAUGAAGAUCACUAACGCCCUGACGGUAGUGAUUCACGGACUUGAGAAGUACAUGAACUACUCGGUCCAGGUCCUAGCGUCUACCAGGGCAGGCGACGGUGUCACCUCGUCGCCCUUAUAUUGUGUGACUGAGGAGGAUCUGCCAGAAGCGCCGGCCAACAUCAAAGCCGUUGCCAGCUCGGCCACGUCUGUUAUUGUCUCGUGGCAGCCACCCAUGAAGAGCAACGGCAAUCUCACCGCGUACAACGUGCAUAUUCGAGGAUUGGGGCCAGAAAGCAAAUGGCACAGGAGGGCCUUGCCACCGUAUCAGACCAGCUAUCAUGCCGAGGAUCUGCACAAAAGGAGCCAGUACGAAUUCACUGUCGCAGCGAUCACCUCGGUGGGCGAGGGUGCGCAGACCUCGUCCGUCACAAUCUCCCCCUCCAGCGAAGUUCGUGCCGCCAUAUAUUCAUUCGGAACCGUGCUUGUCGUGCCGUGGAAGCAAGACGUGAUGCUGCCUUGCGAAAGCGUUGGCAAGCCCGAACCCUCUAUUACCUGGAAGCAAUGGGGUCAGACAGUCAAGCCAUCCGCUAGGGUGUCCCUUCAUAUCAAUGGAUCCUUGCAGAUUGUUGAUCUCCAUAGAGAGGACAGCGGAAAUUACACUUGCUUCGUGGAGAAUCGCCAUGGCUCCGAUCAAAUAACUCAUCGUCUAACCGUGCAAGUUCCACCUGCGGUGCCAUUAUUGCACGCGACUAGUACCAGUAGCAAUUCUAUCAACGUGCAAUGGAAAAAUGGCGACGAUGGCGGUUCGCCGAUCCGAGGAUACAUUUUGCACUACAAACGCGAAUCCGGUGAGUGGGAGGAAUUCAAGGUAUCGCAUAAAGUGAGCAGCUUCGUCCUGUCGCGACUCUGGUGCGGCAAUAAUUAUCAGAUGUACCUGACGGCGUACAAUCGUAUCGGUAUGGGCAGACCCAGUGAGAUCGUCAAGGCGAUCACGAAGGGCUCGAAGCCGGACGAAUCGCCCGGUACCGGCGAUAAGUUUAUCACUGUUAACGUCUCUUGGAUUACUCUGCAUUUAAGCACGUGGAACGACGGUGGUUGUCCUAUAACGUUCUUCGAGCUCGAGUACAGGAAGAGCAGCGAGAAUAUCUGGACGCUGGUCUCGAAUAAUAUAGAGGUGCAAAAGACGUAUACUUUGAGUGAACUGCAGCCGGGAAUCACUUAUGACAUCCGCAUAAGGGCUCACAACGACGCCGGCUCGUCGGUAGCCGAGUACAAGAUAACGACAUUGCAGCCGCAUAUUAGCACGACUAUGUCCUCCAUCGAGAUCGAUCAUUACAUUCCCCAGCACAACUACUCGGACCUGAAGCUUAUCGUACCUCUGGUGUUAAGCUCGUUCGCGGUCAUCGCUGCGGCCGGCGCUGUCUUUUACUGCUUCCGCAAACGUCCUUUUAUGGGCGACAUCGGGAGUCUACACGAUGCUCAAACCGCGGCCGCCUUAGACAAUAAACAGAACAUGGAACAGCGUGAGCAAUAUUACGCGACCGUACGUAAACCGCUUCGUUCGCCGAUACACGAGAUGGCUACGUUAGAAAAAAUACCAGAAUAUUCGGAAGAUAUCUACCCAUACGCCACGUUCCAGCUGGAGGAGAACGUUCCCGCAGGAGGCGACAGUCGCUGCAAUUCUGCCGCACCCCUUCAGACCUUCGUCUAUCACGACCCUCGUCUCUCCACUGCCGAUACCCUUCAGUUACGAGAGUCGGAUUGCAACCGGUACACUAAGAUGCGCGGAGGCCGUUCGUCCUCUGCGCCGUUGCACAAAGCGCACAAGGUCAGUCAGGGCAAGUCCGAGUCGGAGGAGUACGACACCCUGGGCUCGGACAGCGACACGGAAGUCGGGACCAGCAGCCGAACCGAGUCUUCCAAUCACCUCGUCGAUUCGCACCACUCGGCAUCUGCGGCCGACUCGCGCGUCCACAACUUCCUGUACCAUGGACCAGAAUCUAGCACGUCUACAGAACCCUCACCGAUUUUUGAGAGAAAAUCGUUUCCUGGAAGGGGAAGACCCAAGAUGUUACAGCUGGCGCGUCAUACCAGCGAGGAGGCCCGUGCCAACUUCGGGUCAAUCGCCGGGCCUGGCCAUCCCAAGCACCAGUCGGGCAAUUCCUAUGCCAAUCGGGAGCAGGAACGUGACGGAUCAGGAAACCUGUUCGUCCCCAAGCUGGACCCACCCUCGGGCUUCUCCGACGCGUUUGAGCUAAGCGAGGCCGAGUGCGACUUUGAUCGCGGCCACAACACCCAACGAAACGUCCGUGACUUUGUAAUCGCGGUGUAAAUACGUGUAAAAGCCUCCGAUGAGAUAUACGAGAACCGUCGUAAAAUAAAAAAGAAAACGAAAAAAGACAGAAAAAAGAUGUAAUGUAAGAGAAGAAAAUCACGCAAAAAUCUAAGUAAACCGCGGUCCGUCGUUUCGUUAAUUUUUAUCGAUGCCUCGCGUCCGGCCCCGUUCAAGUAACAAAAUUCAACGUAUACCUUCAGUUCUGCUCCUGAUCGACGAGAACGCGUCGCCGAAUGACGUCUCUCUGUCAUCUCGACCACGUGGCUCGCGAGAGCCGCCAUCGGCUUCCGCGAAAGGAAUAAAAUCAAUCGAGAUUACUUCUCUCGGAUCGGAUUUAAGUAUAUAAGAGCGUUAAUACGAUUAGGCAAGCACACGCAUACCCUAUGGCAGAUUGAUUAUAACGAAGUUAAGUUUAACAAGAGACAGAGAGAGUCUAUAUAAGCUGCCGUUUGGUUCCGCUCGGUGGAACCUCCAAAGUUUUGUGCCGCUGAGCGGAACGGCUACAUUGUUGUCUGUUCUAUAUCGUGGUAGGAAUAUAUCGAUACAGGCGAUGUCGACGACAAUUCGCAAAAAGAAUAACAUGAAAAAAACC